UAUUCACCGAUGCGCGCUCGCGCCGAACUAUAUAAAUUCAGCGGGACCAAGAUCGCCGUCACAAGGCUUUUACCAAGACGAAAGAUGAAGGUUUUUACGUUCCUGGUUUUGGGUGCAUACGCUUGCUUGUGUGCUGCUCAACCCGUGGAAAAGCUUCCGGUACUUAUACCCUUGCCAGAUGAGGUACAAUAUAGAGUGGGAAGCAAACCUUUGAUUCUGGAAUGCUACGCGAGUGGAAAAGUAGCAGGAGUUAAGUAUUCCUGGAAACGGGACGGCAAGGAAUUGAAUUGGAAACCAACACGCGACAACGAAGGCACGCUUAUCAUCCGAGAACCGACCAAAGAUGACGAAGGAAAAUACCAGUGCUUCGCUGAAUCAGACCUUGGAAUAGCGAGCUCCAGGGUAAUAGAUGUGAAGCGAGCUUACAUCGAUUUGGAGAAGGUGGUUCCCCAAAAACACACACCGGUCGAAGGACGAGUCUACAAACUGGAAUGCAACGUACCGAAGGCCUACCCGAAACCGACUAUAAUAUGGGUACGCGAAUCAGAGAAUGGUGAACAGAAACCUGUGGCCAGCCAAAGAUUAACGGUGUCUCCGGAAGGUACUCUUUACUUCUCAAACGUGACUAAAGAAGACACUGACGAGAAAAUUAAAUAUGUCUGCCUGGGCGAGACUCCCGCUCUCGAUGAUCAUGCUGUACUAGCAGAACAUUAUAUCACGAAUGUCGUCGAAGAUAAAGAACCUAAGACCAACGAUGUGAUUGAACAGUAUGUGAGCAAGGAUGUGGUUGCUAAGAUCGGUGACGUCACACUUUUGUACUGCAUUUACGGAGGAGUACCCCUAGCUCACCCUGACUGGUUCAAAGAUGGCACCAACGUGAACAACAGCCCAGCUGACCGAGUCACCAGGUACAACAAGAGUGUGGGCAAACGGCUGCUCAUCAAGGAAACCUGGUUAGAAGACGAAGGCUCCUACACCUGUUCUGUAGACAACGAGGUCGGAAAAGCACAGACCCAUACUAUGCACCUCUCUGUUGUCAGUGCUCCAAAAUUCACGAAGCAACCCGAAGCAAUGGUCAACGUCAAGAAGGGACAAGACGUGACCAUCCCUUGCCAGGUUUCCGGAAUACCUCUCCCAGAGCUCGUCUGGACUUGGAACACCGCACCGCUGCCUCAAAACGACAGAAUCCUCCUGCACCAAUCAAACGAAGGCAAUACAACAGUUGCUGAUUUGACUAUUAAAAACGUACAGGAGAACGACAAAGGUUACUACGGAUGCAGGGGACUCAACGAAAAUGGCGACGUAUACGCUGAAACUUUGCUCUAUGUGUCUUAAAUUCUUGAUAAUGAUUUUCAAAUGAGUAUAUAAAUAAUAUCAACUAUAGUCUGUAUUAUUUAGCAAUGAAGCCGUAACGAUCAAUAAUAUAAUAAUGAAAUACAUAAGUACAAUUUUA